AUGGCUCCUCCGCCCACGAGCCUCGUCGCGCGCUUCGACGACUAUUACUACGGUGGCUUUUGGUAUACAACAGCAGGCUAUGCCAUCCGCUGGUCGCUGUUUGGCCUCUUUGUGCUCAUCAUCCUCGUCUGGGUGGUUGGCGGCUACUUCCACGCCAAGCACCUGAUGAAGAAGGGUCUGCCCCUGAAGUCCUAUCACAGUUGCUUCUUCCCUCGACAGCCGCGCAUGCAGCAGGCCGGCUGGUACCGCCCAUACAACCCGUACCCUUACGGCCAGCCUCAGGACGGCUACAACAUGCACUACAUGCCGCCACCGCCGACCUACGACGCUAACCGACCGCCCGAGUACAUCCCACAGCAGGGACCGCCCGCCGGCGCUAGCAAGGUCGAUCCCUCGCAGUGGUCCGGGCAGGCGGCGAACCGCCCGGCCGAGUCGAGUGCGGCGGGCGCCGGGACCGGUGGUGGCGUUCCAGAGUACGCGGCGCCGCCUGGUCCGCCUCCGGCUGCCGCGAGGCAGUAG